AUGGUGGUGCUGCUUACGGUGCUAGGGAUCUAUAUGGACACCAAAGGUAUGGCAAAUAUGGUCAUCUGGGUGCCAACUACGGUGGCCUUGGAGACUUGGGCUAUGGCCGUGGUUUUAGUGCAGCUUCUUGGAGCAGCUUUCGGCGCUGAGGAUAAGAAGGAGGACUUGAAUAAAACAAAGACAUAUAUUUCACCUCAAUACGAUGGCUACAGUGGCUAUGGCGCUCACGGGCAAGGUGGCUAUGGAUUACAUGGACUUCAUGAUUAUGCUGGCCACAGGAACUUGGAUGUCCACGGUGCUCAUGUCGGCUAUGGUGGUGGCUUUAAAGACGUUGACCACUACGUCCGUAACAAGAGUGAUGGGUAUAAGAAAGCUUACUCUUACGACAAGAAGUCCAGUUUUCACAACGUUAGUGGUUCCCAUGGACUGUAUGGUGCACAACAUGGAUUGAACGAUUAUGGUGGACACCGCAACCUAGGAGUUUUUGACGGGCAUGCUGGUGCCGCUUACGUUGCCAGGGAUCUAUACGGACACCAAGGGUAUGGCAAGUAUGGUCAUCUGAGUGCCAACUACGGUAGCCUUGGAGGAUUAGGCUAUGGUGGAUAUGGUCACGGAGGAUUAGACGAUGGUAAAUAUGGUCACGGAGGAUUAGGCUAUGGUAGAUAUGGUCACGGAGGAUUAGGCUAUGGUAGAUAUGGUCACGGAGGAUUACGCUAUGGUGAAUAUGUUCAUAGAGGAUUAGGCUAUGGUGGAUAUGGUCACGGAGGAUUAGGCUAUGGUGGAUAUGGUCGCGGACGAUUAGGCUAUAGUGGAUAUGGUUACGGAGGAUUAGACAAUGGUGGAUAUGGUCACGGAGGAUUAGACUAUGUUAGAUAUGGUCACGGAGGAUUAGGCUAUGGUAGAUAUGGCCACGGAGGAUUAGGUUAUGGUGGAUAUCGUCACGGAAGAUUAGACUAUGGUAGAUAUGGUCGCGGAGGAUUAGGCUAUAGUGGAUAUGGUUACGGAAGAUUAGGCUAUGGUAGAUAUGGUCACGGAAGAUUGGAUUAUGGUGAAGUUGGCUAUGGCCAUUAA